GUUGCCCUAACAAGGAAACCGCGGGCUCACCCGCCCACGCUCCGGCGGCCGCCAACGAUUUUCCCCUCCUCUCACACCGGGCAGCGUCUCUCGCUCCGACCGCCUUUAUCUCGCCAAUGACGCCGGCUCUCCCCUCCUACACGGCACACGCCGAUUCCUUUCCACCAUGGCUGCGCCGGCGCCGCCAACCACAAGCUCCAAGCCGCCCCUCCCCCCGCGGCUCGCCGUGCCGCUCGCCUUCGCGCUCCUCCUCGCUCUCGCAUUCGUUGCCGACUUCCUCUCCUAUUCCUCCGCCAUCAGCCCGGCCGUCUCCUCCUCUUCCAAGACGUCUCUCGUGUGCAGGUAAAGGAGGGUAAUAUUGACGAUACGAAGCUUCGCAAUGGAUCACCGGCGGUGAGACACCUCAACGCCACGUUCUCGGACCUGCCGGCGCCGCACUGGGAGUGGGAGGAGAUGCCGCCGGCGCCCGUUCCCCGGCUUGACGGGGCGUCCGUGCAGAUCGGGGACCUCCUCUACGUCGUCGCAGGGUACGGGAGCCUCGACCAUGUCCAUUCUCAUGUGGAUGUGUACAAUUUCACUUCUAACACAUGGACUGGAAGGUUUGAUAUGCCCAAGAUGUCAAAUUCACAUUUAGGGAUGGCCUCAGAUGGGAGAUACAUCUAUGCAGUGUCUGGACAAUUUGGUCCACAGUGUCGGCCAUCUGUGAGCCGUAAUUUUGUUCUAGACACAAAGUUAAGGAAGUGGGACGAAUUGCCUCCUUUACCUGUUCCUAGGUAUGCACCAGCUACUCAACUUUGGCGUGGGCGGCUUCAUGUGAUGGGUGGUGGCAAAGAAGACCGCCAUGAACCUGGAUUAGAGCACUGGAGCCUUGCUGUGAAGGAUGGCAAAGCAUUGGAGAAUGAGUGGCGAGCUGAAAUACCGAUACCACGUGGUGGACCUCAUAGGGCAUGUGUUGUUGCUAACGACAAACUCUUUGUGAUUGGUGGUCAAGAGGGAGACUUCAUGCCUAAACCAGGGUCACCUAUUUUUAAAUGCGCAAGGAGGCAUGAGGUUGUUUAUGGUGAUGUGUAUAUGCUAGACAAUGAAGCUAAAUGGAAGCAACUGUCUCCAAUGCCAAAGCCAGAUUCCCACAUAGAAUUUGCAUGGGUCGUUGUUAAUAACUCCAUAGUAAUUGUUGGCGGAACUACCGAGAAGCACCCUAUCACCAAAAAGAUGAUUCUUGUUGGUGAAGUCUUCCGGUUUGAUUUGGAAACAUUGAAAUGGUCAGUCAUUGGUCGUAUGCCUUUCCGGAUCAAGACAGCCUUAGCUGGUUACUGGGAUGGUUGGCUCUAUUUCACUUCUGGGCAGAGGGAUAGGGGACCUGAUAAUCCAAGUCCUAAGAAAGUUGUUGGUUCUAUGUGGAGAGCGAAACUGCACGUCUGGUGUCCAAUGUUUGAACCAGAGGUUUCUGUAUAUUCUUAACCUACUCCCUCCGUCCCAAAAUCAGUGUCUCAAGCUUAGUACAAUUUUGUACUAAAGUUAGUACAAAGUUGAACACUUACUUUGGGACGGAGGGAGUAUAUGUGUUCCCAUUUUCGAGCAGCUAGAGUUCCUACGAGCUGACUUGUAUUCUGCUUCACCAUUGUGAAUACUGUACCUAUCUUGAGUAUCACUACAAAUCUGAAUUUCUAGGAAAUCGGCUUCAAAUUUGGCAGAGUAUUUUAGCCUUGUAAGCAGUGCUGCCUUAUGCAGAAGUUCCUUGUGGAUCAUAUA